AUGACCGGGCGCCUUCUUGCCGGCUCAUUGGCUUUUGAAAGCCGCAUCCUUCAUUAUCUGAUUGUGCGGAUUUUGCUUCCACGAUCUUCCAAUCUUGCCCAGGCUCGUCUUGUAGGAGAUGGAAAAACACAGGCGCAAGGUGUUGAUUGUGAUGAGACGUUUAGCCCCGUGGUUAAACCUGCUACCAUAAGAGCAGUUCUCAGUAUUGUUGUCUCUAAAUCUUGGCCUAUCCAUCAAAUGGAUGUCAAGAAUGCUUUUUUACAUGGUCAUCUUAAUGAAACAGCUCCUCGCGCUUGGUAUCAAAGGUUUUCUUAUUUUGUUGCUACCAUUGGGUUCUCUCACAGUAAGUCAGAUCACUCUUUAUUUAUUUACAAGAAUGGUUAUGACACUGCUUAUAUUCUGUUGUAUGUGGAUGACAUUAUACUUACGGCUUCAUCUGAUCAUCUUCGUAAGUAUUUUAUGACUCCUUUGGGUUCUGAGUUUGCUAUGAAGGACUUAGGUCCCCUGAGUUUCUUUCUGGGUAUUGUUGUUACUCGUCAUACCCAUGGUCUAUUUUUAUCUCAGAAACAAUAUGCUGCAAAAAUUAUUGAACGUGCCGGCAUGUCUAACUGCAGUUCAUGUCCUACUCCCGUUGACACUAUGUCCAAGCUUAGCGCCACCGGCGAUGCUCCUUUUAACGAUCCAACCAAAUACCGCAGUCUUGCAGGGGCUCUUCAAUAUCUUACUUUCACUCGGCCUGAUAUAUCUUAUGUCUUGCAGCAGAUUUGUCUUCAUAUGCAUGCUCCGACAAAUGAGCAUAUGAGUGCUCUCAAGCGUAUCAUACGCUACCUUCAGGGUACGUUAUCCCAUGGUUUGCAUUUGUACAAAUCCACCAUUGAUAGACUAAUCUCUUAUACAGAUGCUGAUUGGGGUGGGUGUCCUGACACCCGUCGUUCCACUUCUGGGUAUUGUGUUUUCCUCGGAGAUAAUAUGAUAUCUUGGUCUUCCAAAUGA